AUGGAAGAUUACGCUGCAGGUGGAAAAGAUCAAGUACCAUACAUGCGCCUAGUAAGUGAUCGAGCACACUGCUGUUCAUUAAUUGAAGACUCAAAAAAUCGUCUGCUAAAGGACUAUUUGGAGCUGCAAAAAGAUCCACUUCCGGAUAUUGUUGCAAAGCCGCUGGAUGAAAGUUUAUUGUUAUGGGGCUAUGCUAUUCGUGGUGCGAAGGAUACUCCCUUUGAUGGUGGUAUAUAUUACGGCGAGAUGCAAUUCACCAAGGAUUUCCCCUACAUUCCUCCGCAUAUUGUUAUGUAUACACCGAAUGGGAGAUUCAAACCUGGUGAUCAAAUUUGUCUCUCUAUUUCGGCGUUUCAUUCUCCAAAUUGGGAUCCGUCGUGGACUGUCGGAUCAUUUCUGCUUUGUUUCGCCAAUUUUAUGAUGUUCGACGAGGAUAGGAUGGGCACGGGCUUUAUAGCAAGCUCGACGGAGCAAAAACGUGUCUUUGCAAAGCAGUCGAUGUUCUACAAUAAACAAAACGAACAUUUCAUGAAGGCAUUUGGUGAAAAACCUUUUGAUCCAGAGGAUUCAAAUGACAAAGACCAGGCAAAUGCUACUGAUGAGUCAGAUGACGAGGAGGAAAGUGAAUUAUCAAAGAGUCAAUAUAAGACUUCACGAGAGAAUUUCAUUCAGGACAUUGGUACCAUGGGUGGUCCAUCAGUCACUGCAAUUUCAAGACUGAAGAAGGACUAUGCAAAAUUGAUGAAGGAUCCGGUACCUUUUGUCGUGGCAGUUCCUCUUCAUUCUAAUAUUCUGGAGUGGCAUUAUGUGAUUAGAGGGGCACCACAGACACCGUAUGAAGGUGGAUUCUAUCACGGUAAACUAAUUUUUCCACCAGACUUUCCGUUCAAGCCGCCAUCAAUAUUUAUGCUAACGCCUUCUGGACGUUUCCAAACAAACACAAGACUUUGUCUUUCGAUCUCUGAUUUCCAUCCAGAUACUUGGAAUCCUGCUUGGACGGUCUCAACUAUUAUAACGGGUUUACUUUCCUUCAUGAAUGAUACAGCUCCAACUCUAGGCAGUAUAACCUCAAGCGAUGCAGAGAAACGUAUUCUUGCUAGGAAGUCUAGAGAAUUCAACUUAAAGGAUCGAGUCUUCUGCGAGCUGUUUAGUGAUUUGGCUAAGGAAAUACGAGAGGAAUUGACUGAGGAACGAAACAAAGUGUUAUCAGAAGAAAAUGCAGUUGAUGAAACUACGUCGCAGAGAAGGUCUGGUGAAGAGGGCGACUACGCUACCUUGACGUAUAAUCUUGUGGUGCUUGCAGGCGUGGUGUUAAUUGCGUGCAACGAACGGGACAGCAGUAACUCUCCAGUAGGUUGCACUUCUCAAAUUGUGUUUAGCUUGAAUGCGAUUAACUGGCGGGAUAUACAUGGCCUCACGAUUGCGAGGAACAGUUUACCUCCCAUAGACUGCACGGGUUUGCCGCAUCGAGCUUGUAUAGACAGCAAAGUGGUUAUGGCAAGUUCCAAAAGUAUGGAAAGUAUUUCAGAUUUACCUUCGACAUAUUUAGCGAUUGUGAUCAUGUCAUCUCCAGAUGAUGCAAUGGUGCGUGCUGUUAUUCGCAACACGUGGCUAAAAUUAUCUUCGAAAGGUAAAGCAACCUUCCGUUAUGCUUUUCCGAUUGGAACAAAGAACUUGAGUUUGUCUUUCAAGAAACGUCUCAAAGAAGAAAAUACUUUGUUUAAUGAUCUGAUUUUUCUGGAGGACCUCACGGAUACUUACCAAAGCUUGACGAAGAAGUCGUUACUCUCUAUGCAAGCUGUGCACAAUAUGUACAAAUUUGAAUUCUUAUUAAAGGUCGAUUCUGAUUCGUUUGUACGUUUGGGAGCAUUUUUGAAAGCAUUAAAGGAUAUUGCAAAUCCAAAUUUAUACUGGGGUUUCUUGGAUGGAAGGGCAAGACCAAAACGAAAAGGUCAGUGGGCUGAAAG